AUGGGCAUCCAGGUAGCGGCCAAUGCAGGCCGCGAUGCGGAAGGCCCUCAAUUGCCCACGCGCGGCAGGCGCAGGCCUUGCGCAACAGGGAUGCCAGCAGCGGCACUGGCAGCCGCCGCCGAGGCAGCGGUUGCUCGCUCACGCUCGCCGACGCCGCCGCCCGGUAUCCGCCCGGCCAGCACUGCGGACAUGGAGGGCAGCGCAGUGCGUGGCAAGUCAGUCGUCCUUGAAGAGGAGGUGACUUUCGCGGGUCCUGGGCUGAGCAGCUUCAUCGAAAGCCAGCGGGAGGCGCUCUCUCGGCAGCGCCAGCUGCAGGCUAUGCAGGCACCGGAGCGAGAAGCAGUGCCGAGCAAGGCCUAUGUGGAGAAGGACUCCGCCAUCAGCAACGGACUUCACCCAAAGCCGAGCAUGCCUGCGAGUGCUGCAGGGUCGCCAGAGCUUUGGCAUGCAGUCCACAUCGGCAAUGAGGCUUUGGUGACUCGUCUCAUUCAACAAGGCCAGUGCAACGGAAGGCAGAAGGAUGCCUCGGGACACUCUGUCCUCUGGCAUGCGAUCGCCUUUGGUCACAUAGGGAUCGCUCUUCUGAUGUUGGAUUCUUGCCCCGCUGGGGAGCCGGGUGGCGUUGAUGCUUCGGAGGUGCAUCCACGCAAAGGGGAUACAUUUCUGCAUCUUCUUUGCCAGUGCAGGCCCUUUACAAAAGAGACUGCUGGCCUGUUCAAGCGCGUGGCUGAAGCAGUCCCGGCAGCUCUCUUCAGCAAGGCAAACGCGAAUGGACAAAGCUUCCUGGCGUUGGCCGCCGCAUCACUGAAUUUUUGGGUUUUGAAGCACGUCGCCUUGAGAUAUCCAGAGCAGAUGAAGGUUUUGAUCUGUUCCACGGAGGCUGAUCAGGGGAAGCCUCCCCUGCGCCAGCUGCUGCAAAGCUUGCCGAAUCCGCGUCAGCCAGGCUUCCCGCAGUCUGCCAAGAUCCCUGAGCACUUUGCCGUGGCGUCAAUGUUGAGUCCGGACUCCACAGGGCGGGUGCCUUUUGCGGACAUCGCCUUCGACGUCACCACGGGCCCAGACACUCACAGCCGGUUCCUCGCUCAUCGUGUGGUCGUUGGGGCACAGAGUCCCGUGCUGCUGAAGGAGCUGGAGACCCUGCCCUUGGUGGAGCUGCCGCAGGAAGGGAUCGCAGCUGCUGUCUUCAAGGUCGACCGGCGGAUCUCCAAAGAUGUGUGGAGGGCCGUUCUUCAGUUCUUCUACACUGGAAUGGUGCAUUGCCCCUUCAUGAAAGAUCCUGCCAAGCUGGUUGAGCUCUUUCGCGCAGCCGCCAUCUACAAGCUGCCCAAGGCUCUGUUGGACCUGGCACAAGCUGCGCUCUUUCCGCUGCUGCCCUCCAGCCCCGGUUUGGCUCUCGAAGUCUUCUCGAUCAGCGCCGGUGCAAGUGGUGAAGGCGUUGACGUGGCGUCGCUGCGCCUAGCUUCCACAUUCGUGCUUCUGGGUCAUGCCUCGACAGUGUUUGCUGACCUGGCGCCAGAAACUGUGUCGGGCGUUCUGGAGCGUCUCUUAGCGACGUCUGAGCAAGCGAUAUUUUCAGCGCAGCAGGAACCGUAA